GAUAUGCCCGCUCUGUCACAUUACUCUCCUGAGGCACCGCACGCCCUUCCACGCCCGCUUCAGGCUUUCGCGAUCGGGGCUCGUCCCGCGAUGGACAGCGUGGAGGCCGCGCUGGACCGCGUCAAGAUGAACAUGAACCUCAAGUUCGCGGACUGGCGGCUGCCCUGCCCCAUUACAGGAGAGCCGGGCGCAAUGGCGCAGCCGGCAGCGUUUGGCGGCCAGCGGCAGCUCGUGAGGGCGGCGCUGUUGGACUGGGGUGAAAGGGCGUAAGGUGCUGUAGGCUUGUGGUGCCCGUUGCAUCUAGACUCAAGGCGUGGGCAAGACAGAUGUCCCUGUAGAAGUGGUAGAGCGCACGCAGCAGCAGGAGCAGGAGGGAAGAGGGCAGGGUUUGGUGGCGACGGCAUGUCGACGGCCAGGUUGGUGGUGGGCAAGGAGCGAGUUAGCAAGCGGCCGGGGCAGGGCCUGUGGGCAUCAGCAGCAACCGUACGCUGCUGUGACAGCGGCAGCACGCAAACGUGUGUGCGCGUGCUGUGUGUAGGUGUAUGUGCGUGAAAGGAAGAUGACAAGCAUACCCGCAGUAUGUGUGUGUAGGCGGGAAUUGACUGAGAAUGGUACCGUAUACGGUAAUGCCGAGGCGGUUGCCCUAGGCGGCAGCAGGGGUUGCAAGUGUGCUCAGGUACUGCGCUGGCUGGUUACUGUACAUGGUGCUCUCUCCGGUCCUUUCAUGGGGGAGGUAGGCUACAGCGGCCGUCUUUUGGGCCCCGGUCAGUGGAAGACCACAGCUGUAGCAGGUUGUGUCGAGUGUGAGCUGUGUGACAUUCACCUGUUGGUGGCAGGUGGCGGUCAACCUAUCUAUCAUUGCUCGUGUCGGUGAUGCGAUGCUGGUGGUGCUGGUACCUUCAAUCAAGUCGGAGACGCUAGGGGACUGCUGGACUAAUGCUGGAAAGGCUGGCUGUGAAGAGCAGACUGAGCAGCGGCACGCUAGGAAUGGUGUGCGUGUGAAGAGCUACGGUCAGCCAAGACAGCUGGGCUUCGGCGUUACCCACCCAUGAGUCC